GACGCACACAUUGAACUUUCACCCCUGGCGCUAGUUUUUUUUUUUGUUUUGAUAUCGCAGGUUUGACUUCCCGUUUGAAUUUUCGCUUCUGCUUUGACAGAAACACGAUAGACAUCGAGCUGGGGUCCUAGUGUUUUUCUUAUUUUUCCCUCACACCUGUAAGGACUAUGUAAAUAAUGAGCGUGUCGACCAGAUAACGCAGUUGCUAGUAACAAAGAUGCUUUCUCUCAGAUAAGCUAGCUUUAGCGGUGCCGCUAACUAAGUCUACGUAGCUUUGGUUACAACAUGACGACGACGAAGAGCGACUGAUUUCGUGCUUGUCAGUCAGUGGUUUACAGUAUUACCCUGUCACUGAGUCUGGACUGGUGCAAAAACGCCCUUAUCCACGCGAGUGUAUCUGUCCACUUUAGGCCGACGAGUUGUCUUCAUAGAGGUGUUGGGUAUCUGCAUCACUUUCUUUCAAUGGGUGAGGAAAAGCCAGACACGCUGGACUUUGUGAAGGAUUUCCAGGAGUAUCUGAGCCAGCAGACUCAGCAUGUCAACAUGAUAUCAGGCUCUGUUAGUGGUGUCAAGGAGGCUGACGAGUUGCCAGCGGACUGCAGUCAGAAUGGACUGGAUCACCCAUCAGUGGACAUGUCACUGGAGGACAGUUCGGGGAUCCUCGUGGAUGGAUUUGAGAGGACCUACGAUGGCAAGCUCAAGUGCCGCUACUGCAAUUAUGCCACCAGAGGCACAGCGAGACUCAUUGAGCACAUCCGUAUUCACACAGGAGAGAAGCCGCAUCGCUGUCACCUCUGCCCAUUUGCGUCAGCCUACGAGCGCCACCUGGAGGCCCACAUGCGAUCACAUACAGGCGAGAAGCCUUACAAGUGUGAGCUGUGCUCCUUCCGUUGCAGUGAUCGUAGCAACUUGUCACAUCAUCGCCGCAGACGCCACAAACUAUUACCCAUGAAAGGUGCUCGCUCUCUUUCCCAUAAGAAGAUGCUGAGUGUUUUACAGAAGAAGGCCAGCUCUUUGGGAUAUGGCCGCCGGCUCCUCAUCAACUUCAGUCCCCCUUCUAUGGUGGUGCACAAGGCUGACAACGUGAGUGACUUCUCACAUGAGCUGCCCCACUUACGCCAGGAGACCUAUGAAAAUCAGAGUGGAGCAGUUGAGGAAGGACUCUCCACUAAUCAAAAUCAUCAUCACCAUGACAUGGUGAUGGAUAACCCCUUGAACCAGCUGUCCACACUGGCAGGCCAGUUAGCCAGCCUCCCGUCAGAGUCCCAGGCCGAGACUCAACCUCCCAUGUCUCCAGGUGCUGAAUCUAUUGAGGAUGAGAAGCCCUUCCUCAUCCAGCAGCCUCACCCCGCCACAACUCCUAUAGCCGUCACAGCCAGUAUGGCUCACGCCUCCUCCUCUUCUCCAAUCACCCCAGAGCCCCGGGCUCCUCCCCACAGCAACUGCAGUCCUGGAGGAGGACCCUGCAGUGAGCACAGUGGGCACACCAGCACUCCCAGUGUCUCCAACAGCCGACCCAGUACACCAGCUCCGGGCCUGUCUGCCCCGCUCCAGGACCCCCAUGUGCUGCAUCACUGCCAGCACUGUGACAUCUACUUCCCUGACAACAUCCUCUACACAAUCCACAUGGGCUGCCACGGCUAUGAAAACCCAUUCCAGUGCAACAUCUGUGGCUACAAGUGCAAGAGCAAGUACGACUUUGCCUGCCACUUUGCCCGCGGGCAGCACAAGUAAUAAAAUAGGAAAACAAAGAACAAUCUUUUAACGGGACAGCUUUGUUUUUUCUUAAUUCUAUAGUAAUUUUAUUUAUUGGUCUUUUAGCUGGCCUUGAUGUAGCCUUGGCUCGACAGUUUAACUUGCACAGAAAAAUGUCAGCAUUCUGAUGGUUCCAUUUUGUAUACUUGAAGGUGCCCAUUCAAGUGUAUUUGAAAGAGAUGCUGUGUUUUUAGACGUGUUGAGAAUUUAUUUGCGAUGGUGGAGACCGUCACAUUCACGAAAAACAACCUCUCAAACAGAUUAUGUUGGAUACCCUAAUCACUAUUUGUUGAAUUUAGUCGAGAAUUGCUUUCAACUGUCCAAAGCAAAUUUAGAAAGGUGCAAUUUUGUGCAGAUAAUUUGGCUUUUAUUCAGACAGCAGUGAAUGAAAGUCUUGAAGGAAAUACCUCAGCAAUCUACAAACAAGUUUAAAAUGAACUUUGAAAAUGGUCAAAUGUGGUGUUUUAUACACGUGAUUUAUAAUAUAAUAAAUCCCUUUUAAGUGAUCUCACCAUUGCUAAGGGCUAUCGGUUUAUGUAGCUGUGAGAUUUAACUGUUGUGAACUAAAAAGACGCAAUUACUUUUAACAUUAUAAUUGAGAUUAAUAGACCAACCAAAAUAUAGUGUUCAGGUUUGCUUUUUUUAAGCAUACUGUGACCUGGACACUGCUUCUCACUGAGAACAUGACUGCCAGCAAGGACAGAAAUGACAACAGAAUUUAGCCACAAAUAUUAAAAUCUAUGCCUGCUGAAGAGUGUUAUAUCUUAGGAUAAUAUUCUCUCUCUGUUACAUGUCCUUUUCCAACUGGACACUCAAUUUUGUAUACUGCUCUCUCCUCACACCAUACGGUCCAUAGAGAAAAUAACCAAAUUCACAUCACAGGACACAGGAUCGGUUUAUCCGCCGCUGCCUCCAUCAAUCAGUAAGUUCAAACAUGUUAUCUUGUGACUUUGAUGUUUGAAAUCCUUUGUUAGGGCGUGCAAUAGUGGCACAUCGCCACUGAACAAAGCAGCAGUAGACCCGCAGCUUCUGUAGCUUUGUGGGCCAAAAAGAUGCAGAUUUCUUCUAUGGAAUUUGGUGCUGGAACGUAAGCCUUUCACAGAUUCGGUUUCUUGCUGUAAAAGGCUGAUUAUAGUGAGAAGAAGUGGCAAACGUACUGUAUACAUAAGAUGUCAUUCCUUUUUAUCCCCGCUGGCAACCAUGUUAUCAGUGAGAGCAAGUGCCCAGUUUUUCAGACUGGUUCAUGAAAACAGCAGCACUAUCUGUAAAAUCAUUGUCCGUCAAUUCCUCAACUAUCUCUUUUAAAGAGUGGGAAUACAUGAGUAUAGGCUAUUUUUUUUGUUUGUUUUCGGCAGGGUGAAUCUGACUGUGCCACCCAAAAUAAAUUCUCAACUCUCCUGGACCUACGAAUAAAUAAUUCUCCUAUGUUGCUCACACAGGAGUUAAACUGUCGGCCCGAAGUGGUCUUACUUAAGCCUUGUUGAAAUUAUUUCAGUGCUUUAGGUGCAUUACUACUAUUUCUUUGCAGUGCCUGACAAAGUCUCUUUUCUGAAAAGACGACUGUUACUUUGAAGAUUAUUAUUAUUACAAAUGUCUCUUCUUACUGUAUUUCAUAGACCCAGAACCUUAGAAAAAAAGUUUGGCCAUUGUAGUUUUCUGUGAUGGCCGUGCUUGUUUUUAUUUUUUUAUUUUUUUGUGCUCAACAAAUGCUGCUAAGGAACUUUGAAAUCAGUGCCACCUGUAGUCUAUGGAAGGCAUCCAAAAUGAAAAACCUGGCCAAAAUUUGUACCGGUGAUUUUGGCCAGCGAGCUAAAUUACAGUAGAAUUUUUGUUAAUCUGUGUUUUGAAGUUCAUCCACCAAUUGCGUGUCCCUUUUCAUUACUUAAACGUCACAUUCUGAUUUUUUGAUAUUGUAUGAAGUCACUUUAUUACUCAGUAUCUCCAUAUUUAGGGCAGAAUCACCAAGUCUUGUGUCCCACGUGAAACAUUUUUUUUCAGAAUUGCCACGUAGCAUUGGGGGAAAACCUUGUUUUAGCCUUUGAGAGAAGUCGGUGAGAUUUCCCAUUCCAGAUCCCAGUGCUAUUCUGAAUAUUUACUGAGUAUUGUAUUGAGUGGUUGGAUAGAUGUUCAGUGUCAAAAUAAUUGUGUUGCAGUAACACUGCUACUUUAGUAAGAUUGUAUUUUUGUCGCGGGUACUGUCGUCUGUUGCUCAGCAACAUGUGUGGAGAACAUUUCCACUGUUUUUUAGAACCACCUCUUACCAUGCUUACCAGUAAUAACUUAAGGGCAUCCAGUAACGACUGCCUUAUGUUCUCUGUGUGUUGUAGGUUCAUAGGUAACGGUGAAUGUCGAAGCCCUCUGUGGGCGACGACUCACUCCCUCUGGGAUGGCCAACCAUUUUAUUGUGAGACAGAGUAAUCUGACUAAUUUAUAAGUAAAGUGUUUUCUAACUGA